GUUGGCCUAAAUAAAGCUCUUUUAGAUAAUCGCGCUUUGUCCAGCUCCAUUCAAACAGAUCUAUAUAGGACAUAGCGUGGGCUGUGGUCAGUGCAAUUUAGGCAUAUCUUAGACGUUUCCACUCUAUAUAGGGGCCUUCCUGCGUGUGCGACUCUGUUAAAUUUAGGAUCCAUACGGUUCACGAAGUCAACUAUGCCAGUUAGGUCGAAGGGCUAUGUCUGUUAAGGAAAUUAUCAAGUUCAGAGAACAACCAACUGGCUUAUACGAUAGCGGAGUGUCGCGUCGCUAUCAAGCAAACCGGUUACACGCCGAGAUCACUGAGGUACAGCAUUAACGGCUAGGUGGCUUGCGUGACUCUAAGAAACGCACCUAGGUUCCAUCCCAUCUACGUUAACAACGUGAGCAAGAUGAGGAUCGCAACGACAGCCUUGUGGUGUGUGGCCGUGCUUGUUGUAUCUACACAGGUGGAGGACAUUUCAAGUUCCAAGAUAUUACUGAUCCCAUAUAUUCAUCAGCAAACCUCUCGCCUCAUGAACAUGGUGAAGAUUGGUCAAAUGCUGUCGGAGCACAACCACGACGUUGCCAUGUUGCUUCCCUCCAACUGCGUCCCCAAGAACGUCCCAGAAAAAGUACGUACAAUUACUUUCAAACUAGAUACCUUUCCUUUUGAGAUUUCGGAGGAGACGUUUCUGCACGAAAUGCGGAAAGAUCCAUUCGUGUUUAUGUCUGGUUGGAUAGAAUACAGCAGAGACUUACUUGACUCGCUUUUUAAUGAUAGUGGUGUGAUGCUGAAAAUGGUCAGCGAAGAGUUCGACCUGGUUUUCAUGGAUGUAAUUUCACCACAGGGGCUCAUAGUGAGGGAUUAUUUGGACAUUCCUGGGGUAGGGUACUCGAAUUUAGGAUUUGGCAAUGAUAGGUAUUUUUCUUCUCCCCUCAACCCUUCGUACGUACCAUCACCCACUGGAAAGUUCUCGGAUAGGAUGGAUUUUUGGGAGAGAUUAACGAAUGCAUUGUCUAUUUUAGGUGCACGUUAUGUCACAGGUAAAAUGAGGGUACCUUUCAGUGAGGCCAAACUCAAAUACAAUCUUAAUACGUCGUUGUCUUUAUGGGAAGCCCAAACAAGAUUAUCACUUGUCAUAGUGAAUGUUGAUUUUGUAUUUGACUACCCCCGUCCAGUCAUGCCUUGGGUCAAGCCGGUUUCCGGACUGCUCUUCCAUCCUGCCAAGCCUCUUCCAGAAGAAUUGGAAAGGUUCGUGCAGUCAUCGGGAGAGCACGGUAUCAUUAUCAUGAGCUUCGGGACAAUGAUAGCAGGGUUUAGCUCUGAAACGAUGGCAAUGAUAGCACGAGUUUUCGCGCGUCUUCCUCAGAAAGUGAUAUUGAGAAACGCAAAAUCCAAUGUCCAAGGACUCGGGAAUAAUACAAAGGUGCUACCAUGGAUACCGCAAAAUGAUCUUUUGGGGCAUGAAAAAGCUCGACUUUUCAUCACCCAUUGUGGCGUCAGCAGUUCCCACGAGGCGUUAUUUCACGGCGUUCCUGUGAUUGCAGUGCCCCUGUUUUUUGACCAGUUUAGUCACGCAAAAAAGUUGGUGCAACGCAUUGGGAUGGGUGAAGAACUGGACUUUUAUAAUCUCACCGAACAAGCGUUUGAAGCCAAGAUUAAAUCAGUCUUAACUAACCCCUCAUAUUAUGAAAGUGCGAAACGUGCUUCUGCUCUUGUUCGUGAUCAACCGAUGAACGGCAAAGAAAUGAUGAGGUUUUGGAUCGAGUAUGUAAUCAGGAACAAAGGGACAAUGCAUUUUCAUUCACAAGCUAUGGAGAGAUUAAACUGGUUUCAGUAUUUAUUGCUCGAUGUAAUGGGUUUCAUCAUCAUAACAACGUUUUGUGGUCUAAUUGUAAUUUGGAUUAUUUGUAAAUUUGUUUUGUGCUCCCUUGUUCCAAAAAUUUAUCGUAGAAAACCUGAUGUAAAGACAAAGGGGGAAUGAUAGACCAUGCAUGUUUUAGGGUUAUUAGGGUAAAAGGGUGCAUGAGAAAAUUAGUAAAUAUAAAGAAUGAAUUUAGGGGAAAUUACAUAACUUUAGUAUAUAUAUAUAUAUAUAUUAAGGUCCUCAAGAACAUUCAAAACCUCUCAAGGUCAUAUAAUAUGUGAUGCACUGAAUUUGUUAAUAAUAUAUAAUAUUUUCGAGCCUCAAUUCAUUUCCGUUUCAAUGAUAUUUAAUUUUUUGACAUAUGAAAAUGCAGCUCACCAUUUAUUUCAUUUGGUAAAAAUAAUGUAUGGGCUUAAAUUUGACUGAAUAAUUUUAAUGUUAAUACAGGGCUUGAUAAUUUUAGAACAGCAGGAUUUCAGGAUUUUUAGUCACUGUAUUAGAAGGG